ACCUAAAACCUGUCUCGACAAAUGUAAAUAAAUAAAACAUUCAUUGACUAAUCAAGUCAAAAAUGUCCGUUCAAUUUGGCAAAGUAGUUCGUCUGAUUACACUCGAACGUUUUGGGCCGGUGAUUGAAAAAGUGGUAUCAUUUCUGUUUCAGUAUGGAACAAAUCCAUUAUUUUAUAUUAUCAAGUACACAGAACUUCCCCUUUCAAAGGUGAAAGAAUCCUUAUGCAUAUUAAUUAAAUAUAAUCUGGUCGAAUUUGUGCCCAAUAGAAAUGAAAGUGUUGCAAAUUACACAUUGAAGCCGGAUAGAAUACUAUUAAUGCUUAGAUAUCCAAAAUACAAUAAUUUAAUAAAGAAGCAAUUUGGCGACGAGACUGAAAUGAUUGUAGAAGAAGUGUUGCACAGAGGUUACUGCACAGCAUCUGAACUGUUGUUAAAGGUUAUGGAAAGAUUGCGGAAAACUAAAGAAGAGCCAGUUUCUUUCAGUCAAUUGAAAGAAAACUUUCAAUCUUUAGUUACUGCACAUUAUCUGCAGAGAAUGCCUUACGCAAAGGAGGAUAAACCUGUGCCCAAACUAGAAAUUUUAGAACAUGAACUUUAUGCAAUGCCUGAAAUUGAUAUAAAAGUGCUAGCAAAUAUUGAAGCAGGAAAUGAGACUAUAGAUAAUAUUCCAGAUAAAGAUGUGUAUUGGGGAGCCAAUUUUGAUAGAUUUCACCAAGACAUGAGGGAUAAAAUCAUAGUCACAGCAUUCACAAGAAAGCUAGAUGAAAAUGCAGGUGAAUUUGUAAAGCUUUUAUUAAGACAAAUGUACAUAAGAACUCAACCUUGGGCGGAUUUAUCUAAUCCAGUGCCUAUAUUGGAGAUUAAAGAUAUUGUAAAAAGACAGGACACCCACAAAGAAUUAAUAGCAUACUUUGAUCAAUAUGUGAAUGUCAUAGAACAAGACAGUAGUCAAAUUAUACGAAAAGCAGGUGAAGCCAGUGGUGGAUCUUUCCAGAUAUUUAUGAAAGAGACUUUUGAAAAGUUUGCUUGGGAAACUGUGGAACAAAUGGUGUUAGAGAAGUAUGACACUAAAGCAGCAAGAAUUUUUAGAUUGGUCAAACUGAAAAAGUAUAUUGAGCCAGAUGAGAUACAGAGAUUGGCAAUGAUACCAGCCAAGGAAGCUAAAAGGCUCUCUUAUUUGUUGCUGGAGGACAAUUUCUUGCAGGUUCAGGAAUUGAGAAAAGCUGCUUCAAAUAAUGGGCCAAAUAAAUCAUUUACAUUAUUUCAUAUUAAUUUGGAUCAAAUUGUUAGGACAACUCUUGAACAUUGUUAUAAAUCACUUUUUAAUAUUAUGACAAGGAAAAACCAUGAAAAGGAAGUAAACAAAAGGAUAAUAGUUAAAAAACAAAGAGUUGAUACAAUUGUAAUGGAUAUGAAAGAAAAGGGUGCAGAAGAGGAUCAGAUUAAAGAUAUUGAAGAAAUGAUUACUCCACCAGAAAGAGAAAUACUGAGCAGGGUUGAAGUUACUCUGAAUAAACUGAAUAUAGUUGAAAUAGAAUUAGAUGAAACCAUAUUUUUAUUGCAAAUGUAUUUAGCAUAUCAUUAAAUUGUUGUUAUAAAUGUGUUUUAUUUUAA